UUCUUGGACACCAGUGACCACUAGUGAGGCGUGGAGCACCUCGCAACCAGGGCCGUGCCGUGCGGCGAAGGGCCAGGGAAACACGACUUUGCCGCUUCUUAUUGGCAGUCGCGCCGCCUCUGCCUCGCUUUACUCUUCUCUCUCACCAAUUGCAGUGCGCCCAGGGGGAGGUGAGGCUGAGGAGAGAGCGAGUGCGAGCGCAUUUGAAUGAGCCGCCGUGAGAAUGCAGCAGCGGCAACACAAGAGAGGGAGACGCAGACUUGCCCGAGUCGUUGGUUGACUCGUCGAUUCUCACGGCUCUGGUUUCCACACGCCCUUCCCCCCCACACCCCUACUGCUGCUACUACUACUACUAUUAGCUGCAACGGCCACUGCUGCCACACUGCACUUGCGCCCGGCUUGCGCGGCUUGCAGCUUCGUCAGCAGCAGCAGCAGCAGCAGCAGCAAGCAGGCAAAGAAGAAGAGGAGGAGGAAGAAGAAGGAGAAGGAGAAGGAGAAGAAGCACCAGAGCACCACCAUCACCUACAGCAGCAGCAGCAGUCGAAGUCAGCGUCGUCGACCCCGAGGGGGCCUUAUUAGCUGUGCCUGUGUCCUUCUGAGAGAGGGUGUGUUUCUUUUUCGAGCUUGCACUUGCCCUGCCGCAUUGCGCUUUGCUCGUUUCCCUCCGAACGAACCCGUCAGGAUAGACCACCG